AUGCCGCAGGGCUCCUGCCAGCCGUCCUCAGUUAAAAACGUGCUUAUGGAUGAUUUCACUGCCCCGCAGUCUCAUAUGAGGCUCUGUCGCUGCAGCGAUGAGCUAGGCGGGGGACAGCGGGAGGGACUCGAGGUCUGGCUGGGAAGGGAGCAAGGGGGGCCUUCGCGCUUCGGGACCGCGGGCGGAUCCCCAGACCUAAGCCAGGCUGUGCUGGCUGCUAAGCGGCGUGCCCCGAGGGGCGCGGGGCGCAGCCAGCACAGACAAAGAACCCGCGCCAGCGCCGUCCCUUCCUCCCUUUUUCUUCCCUUGCGCCCCUCUUCUCCUGCGCGACAGCUGGGCUGGAGGUUUCCUUUCCCCGGGGCUUUUACAUCACUCACUGCAGAUUCGCGGGCUCAGGGGCCCCGACAGCGCCCCCGCUCCAAGCAAGGGCUAGCACCCCUCCCUGCCCUUCCGGAUGCUAACCGGGCGCGGGCCGGGGCUCCGGGGAAGCGUGCGGUGCGCGCGGCGGUGGGCUAUUACCCCCGCUUUUCGCCCUUCUUUUUCCUGUGUACCCACCACGGGGAGCUGGAAGGGGAUGGGGAGCAGGGCGAGGUGCUCAUUUCCCUGCACAUUGCAGGCAACCCCACCUACUACGUACCGGGACAGGAAUACCAUGUGACAAUUUCAACGAGCACCUUCUUUGACGGCUUGCUGGUGACAGGACUGUACACCUCUACAAGUGUUCAAGCUUCACAGAGCAUUGGAGGUUCUAAUGCUUUUGGAUUUGGGAUCAUGUCUGACCACCAGUUUGGUAACCAGUUUAUGUGCAGUGUGGUGGCCUCUCAUGUGAGUCACCUGCCCACAACCAACCUCAGCUUCGUCUGGAUUGCCCCACCUGCUGGUACUGGCUGUGUCAAUUUCAUGGCUACAGCAACACACAGGGGCCAGGUUAUUUUCAAAGAUGCAUUAGCCCAGCAGUUGUGUGAACAAGGAGCUCCAACAGAGGCCACUACACACCCACAUCUAGCUGAAAUACAUAGUGACAGCAUUAUUCUACGAGAUGACUUUGACUCCUACCACCAACUGGAAUUAAAUCCAAAUAUAUGGGUUGAAUGUAACAACUGUGAAACUGGAGAACAGUGUGGUGCAAUUAUGCAUGGCAAUGCUGUCACCUUCUGUGAGCCAUAUGGUCCACGAGAAUUGACUACAACAGGCCUAAAUACAACUACAGCUUCUGUCCUCCAGUUUUCCAUUGGGUCAGGUUCAUGUCGCUUUAGUUACUCAGACCCUAGCAUCAUCGUGUCCUAUGCCAAGAACAAUACUGCAGACUGGAUUCAACUUGAGAAAAUUAGAGCCCCUUCCAAUGUCAGCACAAUCAUCCACAUCCUCUACCUUCCUGAAGACGCCAAAGGGGAGAGCGUCCAGUUUCAAUGGAAGCAGGAAAAUCUCCGUGUAGGUGAAGUGUAUGAAGCCUGCUGGGCCUUGGAUAACAUUCUGGUCAUCAAUUCCGCACAUAGACAAGUCAUUUUAGAAGACAAUCUUGACCCAGUGGACACUGGCAACUGGCUCUUCUUCCCUGGAGCAACAGUCAAGCAUAGCUGUCAGUCAGAUGGGAACUCUAUUUAUUUCCAUGGAAAUGAAGGCAGCGAGUUCAAUUUUGCCACCACCCGGGAUGUAGAUCUUUCUACAGAGGAUAUUCAAGAGCAAUGGUCAGAAGAAUUUGAGAGCCAACCUACAGGGUUGGACAUCUUGGGAGCUGUUGUCGGUACCGAGUGCGGAACAAUAGAAUCAGGUUUAUCAAUGGUCUUCCUCAAAGACGGAGAGAGGAAAUUAUGUACUGUCACUAUGCAAGUCUCAGGCUUUAACACCAUGAAAUUUUUAUUUGGUGCAGGAGGAAUUUGUGACCCUGGAGAUUCUCACGAAAAUGACAUCAUCUUGUAUGCAAAGAUAGAAGGAAGAAAAGAGCACAUUGCACUGGAUACUCUUUCUUAUUCCUCAUAUAAGGUUCCAUCUUUGGUGUCCGUGGUCAUCAACCCUGAACUUCAGACUCCUGCUACCAAAUUUUGUCUCAGGCAAAAGAACCAUCAAGGACAUAAUAGGAAUGUCUGGGCUGUAGACUUUUUCCACGUCUUACCUGUUCUCCCUUCUACAAUGUCUCACAUGAUACAGUUUUCUAUUAAUCUGGGAUGUGGAACACAUCAACCUGGUAACAGUGUCAGCUUGGAGUUUUCUACUAACCAUGGGCGUUCCUGGUCCCUGCUGCACACUGAAUGCUUACCUGAGAUCUGUGCUGGCCCUCACCUCCCCCACAGCACCAUCUACUCCUCCGAAAACUACAGCGGGUGGAACCGAAUAACGAUUCCCCUCCCUAACGCAGCACUAACCCAAGACACCAGGAUCCGUUGGAGGCAAAUGGGACCAAUCCUUGGAAACAUGUGGGCGAUUGAUAAUGUUUACAUUGGUCCAUCGUGUCUCAAGUUCUGUUCUGGCAGAGGACAAUGCACUCGACAUGGUUGCAAAUGUGACCCUGGGUUUUCUGGCCCAGCUUGUGAGAUGGCAUCCCAGACAUUCCCAAUGUUUAUUUCGGAAAGUUUUGGCAGUUCCAGGCUCUCCUCCUACCAUAACUUUUACUCUAUCCGUGGUGCUGAAGUCAGCUUUGGCUGUGGUGUCCUCGCUAGCGGUAAGGCCCUGGUUUUCAAUAAAGAUGGGAGACGCCAGUUAAUUACAUCCUUCCUGGACAGCUCCCAAUCCAGGUUUCUCCAGUUCACACUGAGACUGGGGAGCAAGUCUGUUCUGAGCACAUGCAGAGCCCCGGACCAGCCUGGUGAAGGUGUUCUAUUGCAUUAUUCUUAUGAUAAUGGGAUAACUUGGAAACUCUUGGAGCACUAUUCAUAUCUCAACUACCAUGAGCCCAGAAUAAUCUCUGUAGAAUUACCAGAUAAUGCAAGACAGUUUGGAAUUCAGUUCAGAUGGUGGCAACCAUAUCAUUCUUCCCAGGGGGAAGACGUGUGGGCUAUUGAUGAAAUUAUCAUGACGUCUGUUCUAUUCAACAGCAUUAGUCUUGAUUUUACCAAUCUUGUGGAGGUCACUCAAUCUCUAGGAUUCUACCUUGGAAAUGUUCAGCCAUACUGUGGCCAUGACUGGACCCUUUGUUUUACAGGAGAUUCUAAACUUGCCUCAAGUAUGCGCUAUGUGGAAACCCAAUCAAUGCAGAUAGGCGCUUCCUAUAUGAUUCAGUUCAGUUUGGUGAUGGGAUGUGGCCAGAAAUACACCCCCCACAUGGACAACCAGGUGAAGCUGGAGUACUCAACCAACCAUGGCCUUACCUGGCAUCUUGUCCAGGAAGAAUGCCUUCCAAGUAUGCCGAGUUGUCAAGAAUUUACAUCAGCAAGUAUUUACCAUGCCAGUGAGUUCACACAGUGGAGAAGAGUCAUAGUGCUUCUUCCCCAGAAAACUUGGUCCAGUGCCACCCGCUUCCGAUGGAGUCAGAGCUACUACACAGCUCAGGAUGAGUGGGCUUUGGACAGCAUUUACAUCGGGCAGCAGUGCCCCAACAUGUGCAGUGGGCACGGCUCAUGUGACCAUGGCAUGUGCAGGUGUGACCAAGGAUACCAAGGCACUGAAUGCCAUCCAGAAGCUGCACUUCCUUCCACAAUUAUGUCAGAUUUUGAGAACCAGAAUGGUUGGGAGUCUGACUGGCAAGAAGUAAUUGGGGGAGAAAUUGUAAAACCAGAACAAGGAUGUGGAGUUGUCUCUUCUGGAUCAUCUCUGUACUUCAGCAAGGCUGGGAAAAGACAAUUGGUGAGCUGGGAUCUGGAUACCUCUUGGGUGGACUUUGUCCAGUUCUACACCCAGAUAGGCGGAGAGAGUGGUGCGUGCAACAAACCCGACAGCAGAGAGGAGGGCGUCCUCCUCCAGUACAGCAACAACGGGGGCAUCCAGUGGCACCUGCUGGCAGAGAUGUACUUCUCAGAUUUCAGCAAGCCAAGAUUUGUGUAUCUGGAGCUUCCAGCUGCUGCUAAGACCCCUUGCACCAGGUUCCGCUGGUGGCAGCCCGUGUUCUCUGGGGAGGACUAUGACCAGUGGGCAGUAGAUGACAUCAUUAUUCUGUCAGAGAAGCAGAAGCAGGUUAUUCCAGUUGUGAACCCAACUUUACCCCAGAACUUUUAUGAGAAGCCAGCGUUUGAUUACCCUAUGAAUCAAAUGAGUGUGUGGUUGAUGUUGGCUAAUGAAGGAAUGGUUAAAAAUGAAACCUUUUGUGCCACCACGCCUUCAGCCAUGGUGUUUGGAAAAUCAGAUGGAGAUCGAUUUGCAGUAACUCGAGAUUUGACCCUUAAACCUGGAUAUGUGCUACAGUUCAAGCUAAACAUAGGAUGUGCCAAUCAGUUCAGCAAUACUGCCCCAGUUCUUCUUCAGUACUCUCAUGAUGCUGGAAUGUCCUGGUUUCUGGUGAAAGAAGGCUGUUUCCCAGCUUCUACAGGCAAAGGAUGCGAAGGGAGCUCCAGGGAACUGAGUGAGCCCACCAUGUAUCAUACAGGGGACUUUGAAGAGUGGACAAGAAUCACCAUUGUUAUUCCAAGGACUCUUGCAGCCAGCAAAACCCGAUUUCGGUGGAUCCAGGAGAGCAGCUCACAGAAGAACGUGCCCCCGUUUGGCUUAGAUGGAGUGUACAUAUCUGAGCCUUGUCCCAGUUACUGCAGUGGCCAUGGGGACUGCAUCUCAGGCGUGUGUUUCUGUGACCUGGGGUACACUGCUGCACAAGGAACCUGUGUGUCAAAUAUCCCUAAUUACAGCGAGAUGUUUGAUAGGUUUGAGGGGAAGCUCAGCCCUCUGUGGUACAAGAUAACUGGUGGCCAGGUUGGAACUGGCUGCGGAACCCUUAAUGAUGGCAAGUCUCUUUACUUUAAUGGCCCUGGGAAAAGGGAGGCAAGAACUAUCCCUCUGGACACUAGAAAUAUCAGGCUUGUUCAGUUUUAUAUACAAAUUGGAAGCAAAACUUCAGGUAUUACCUGCAUCAAACCAAGGGCUAGAAAUGAAGGGCUUGUUGUUCAGUAUUCAAAUGACAAUGGGAUACUCUGGCAUUUGCUUCGAGAGUUGGACUUCAUGUCAUUUCUGGAACCACAGAUCAUUUCCAUUGACCUGCCACGGGAGGCAAAGACACCUGCAACAGCUUUUCGAUGGUGGCAACCACAACAUGGGAAGCAUUCAGCCCAGUGGGCUUUGGAUGAUGUCCUUAUAGGAAUGAAUGACAGCUCUCAAACUGGAUUUCAAGACAAAUUUGAUGGCUCUAUAGAUUUGCAAGCCAACUGGUAUCGAAUCCAAGGAGGUCAAGUUGAUAUUGACUGUCUCUCUAUGGAUACUGCUCUGAUAUUCACUGAAAACAUAGGAAAACCUCGUUAUGCUGAGACCUGGGAUUUUCAUGUGUCAGCAUCUACCUUCUUGCAGUUUGAAAUGAGCAUGGGCUGCAGCAAGCCCUUCAGUGCCUCCCACAGUGUACAGCUCCAUUCUCCCAGGACCCGGUUCAGAUGGAUUCAGGCCAACUACACCGUGGGUGCUGAUUCCUGGGCUAUUGAUAAUGUUGUACUGGCCUCAGGGUGCCCUUGGAUGUGCUCUGGAAGAGGGAUCUGUGAUGCUGGACGCUGUGUGUGUGACCGGGGCUUUGGUGGACCCUACUGUGUUCCUGUUGUUCCUCUCCCCUCAAUUCUUAAAGAUGAUUUCAAUGGGAAUUUGCAUCCUGAUCUGUGGCCUGAAGUGUAUGGUGCAGAGAGAGGGAAUCUGAAAGGUGAAACCAUCAAAUCUGGAACGUCUCUCAUCUUUAAAGGGGAAGGACUGAGGAUGCUUAUUUCAAGAGAUCUAGAUUGCACCAAUACUGUGUAUGUCCAGUUUUCACUUAGAUUUAUAGCAAAAGGUACCCCAGAGAGGUCUCACUCUGUUUUGCUACAAUUUUCUAUCAAUGGAGGAAUCACUUGGCACCUGAUGGAUGAAUUUUACUUCCCUCAAACGACCAAUAUACUUUUCAUUAAUGUUCCCUUGCCAUACGGUGCCCAAACCAAUGCUACAAGAUUCAGACUUUGGCAACCUUAUAAUAAUGGUAAGAAAGAAGAGAUCUGGAUUGUUGAUGACUUUAUUAUUGAUGGAAAUAAUCUGAACAACCCUGUGAUGCUUCUGGAUACAUUUGACUUUGGGCCCAGAGAAGACAACUGGUUUUUCUAUCCUGGCGGUAACAUUGGUCUUUAUUGCCCCUAUUCUUCAAAGGGAGCACCUGAGGAAGAUUCAGCGAUGGUGUUCGUUUCCAAUGAAGUCGGUGAACACUCGAUUACCACCCGUGACCUCAAUGUGAAUGAGAACACCAUAAUACAAUUUGAGAUCAAUGUUGGAUGCUCCACUGAUAGCUCAUCUACUGAUCCAGUCAGACUGGAAUUUUCAAGGGACUUUGGGGCCACUUGGCACCUGCUGCUUCCCCUGUGCUACCACAGCAGCAGCCACGUCAGCUCCUUAUGCUCCACUGAGCACCACCCUAGCAGCACCUACUACGCGGGAACCACCCAGGGCUGGAGGAGGGAGGUCGUGCACUUCGGGAAGCUGCACCUUUGCGGAUCUGUACGCUUCAGAUGGUAUCAGGGAUUUUACCCUGCAGGCUCUCAGCCAGUGACAUGGGCCAUUGAUAAUGUCUACAUUGGUCCCCAAUGUGAAGAGAUGUGUAAUGGACACGGGAGCUGUGUCAAUGGAACCAAGUGUAUAUGUGAUCCUGGCUACUCAGGUCCAACCUGCAAAAUAAGCACCAAAAAUCCUGAUUUUCUUAAGGAUGAUUUUGAAGGUCAACUGGAAUCUGAUAGAUUCUUAUUAAUGAGUGGUGGAAAGCCAUCCCGGAAGUGUGGAAUCCUUUCCAGUGGAAACAACCUCUUCUUCAAUGAGGAUGGCUUGCGCAUGUUGAUGACUCGGGACCUGGAUUUAUCUCACGCUAGAUUUGUGCAGUUCUUCAUGAGACUGGGAUGUGGGAAAGGUGUUCCAGACCCUAGGAGCCAGCCUGUGCUUCUGCAGUAUUCUCUCAAUGGUGGCCUCACCUGGAGUCUCCUUCAAGAGUUUCUUUUCAGCAACUCCAGCAACGUGGGCAGGUACAUUGCCCUGGAAAUACCUUUGAAAGCCCGUUCUGGCUCUACUCGCCUCCGCUGGUGGCAGCCAUCUGAAAAUGGGCACUUCUACAGCCCCUGGGUUAUCGAUCAGAUUCUUAUUGGAGGAAAUAUUUCUGGUAAUACAGUCUUGGAGGAUGAUUUCACAACUCUGGAUAGUAGAAAAUGGCUGCUCCACCCAGGAGGCACCAAGAUGCCCGUAUGUGGCUCUACCGGUGAUGCCCUGGUCUUCAUUGAAAAGGCCAGCACCCGUUAUGUGGUCACCACAGACAUUGCUGUGAAUGAGGAUUCAUUCCUACAGAUAGAUUUUGCUGCCUCCUGCUCGGUCACAGACUCUUGCUAUGCUAUUGAACUGGAGUACUCAGUGGAUCUUGGAUUGUCAUGGCACCCACUGGUGAGGGACUGUCUGCCUACCAAUGUUGAAUGCAAUCGCUAUCAUCUGCAGCGGAUCCUGGUGUCAGAUACUUUCAACAAGUGGACCAGAAUCACUCUGCCUCUCCCGCCUUACACUAGGUCCCAAGCCACUCGUUUCCGUUGGCAUCAACCAGCUCCUUUUGACAAGCAACAGACAUGGGCAAUAGAUAACGUCUAUAUCGGGGAUGGCUGCAUAGACAUGUGUAGUGGCCAUGGGAGGUGCAUCCAGGGAGGCUGUGUCUGUGAUGAGCAGUGGGGUGGCCUAUACUGUGAUGAGCCUGAGACCUCCCUUCCAACCCAACUCAAAGACAACUUCAAUCGAGCUCCCUCCAACCAGAACUGGCUGACUGUGAACGGAGGAAAAUUGAGUACCGUCUGUGGGGCUGUGGCUUCGGGGCUGGCUCUCCAUUUCAGUGGGGGUUGUAGUCGAUUGCUAGUCACUGUGGAUCUAAACCUCACCAAUGCGGAGUUUAUCCAAUUUUACUUCAUGUAUGGAUGCCUGAUUACACCAAACAACCGUAACCAAGGUGUUCUCUUGGAAUACUCUAUCAAUGGAGGCAUUACCUGGAAUCUGCUAAUGGAAAUUUUCUAUGACCAGUACAGUAAACCUGGGUUUGUGAAUAUCCUUCUCCCUCCUGAUGCUAAAGAGAUUGCUACUCGCUUUCGCUGGUGGCAACCACGACACGAUGGCCUGGACCAGAAUGACUGGGCUAUUGACAAUGUCCUCAUCUCAGGCUCAGCUGACCAGAGGACUGUCAUGCUGGACACCUUCAGCAGUGCUCCAGUACCCCAGCAUGAGCGCUCCCCAGCAGACGCAGGCCCUGUUGGGAGAAUUGCUUUCGACAUGUUUAUGGAGGACAAAACUUCAGUGAAUGAACAUUGGCUAUUCCAUGAUGAUUGCACAGUAGAAAGGUUCUGUGACUCUCCUGAUGGUGUUAUGAUCUGUGGCAGUCAUGAUGGACGAGAAGUAUAUGCAGUGACCCAUGACCUGACUCCCACUGAAGGCUGGAUUAUGCAAUUCAAGAUCUCUGUUGGAUGCAAAGUAUCUGAAAAAAUUGCCCAGAAUCAAAUUCAUGUGCAAUAUUCUACUGACUUUGGUGUGAGCUGGAAUUAUCUAGUCCCUCAGUGCUUACCUGCUGACCCAAAAUGCUCUGGAAGUGUGUCUCAGCCAUCUGUAUUCUUUCCAACUAAAGGGUGGAAAAGAAUCACCUACCCACUUCCUGAAAGCCUCGUGGGAAAUCCAGUAAGGUUUAGGUUCUAUCAGAAGUACUCAGAUAUGCAGUGGGCAAUCGAUAAUUUCUACCUGGGCCCUGGAUGCUUGGACAACUGCCGGGGUCAUGGAGAUUGCUUAAAGGAGCAGUGCAUCUGUGAUCCGGGAUACUCUGGGCCAAACUGCUACUUGACUCACACUCUGAAGACUUUCCUGAAGGAGCGCUUUGACAGUGAAGAAAUCAAGCCUGACUUAUGGAUGUCUUUAGAAGGUGGAAGUACUUGUACUGAGUGUGGAAUUCUUGCUGAAGACACUGCACUCUAUUUUGGGGGAUCCACUGUGAGACAAGCUAUUACUCAAGAUUUGGAUCUCAGAGGUGCAAAAUUCCUGCAAUACUGGGGACGCAUCGGUAGUGAGAACAACAUGACCUCCUGCCAUCGGCCCAUCUGCCGGAAGGAAGGCGUGCUAUUGGACUACUCUACUGAUGGAGGAAUUACUUGGACUUUGCUCCAUGAGAUGGAUUUCCAGAAAUAUAUUUCUGUUAGACACGACUACAUACUUCUUCCCGAAGAGGCGCUCACCAACACCACUAGACUUCGCUGGUGGCAGCCUUUUGUGAUCAGCAAUGGAAUUGUGGUCUCCGGAGUGGAGCGUGCUCAGUGGGCGCUAGACAACAUUUUGAUUGGUGGGGCAGAAAUCAAUCCCAGUCAAUUGGUGGACACUUUUGAUGAUGAAGGCACUUCCCAUGAAGAAAACUGGAGUUUUUACCCUAAUGCAGUAAGGACAGCAGGAUUCUGUGGCAAUCCAUCCUUCCACCUCUACUGGCCAAAUAAAAAGAAGGACAAGACUCACAAUGCUCUCUCCUCCCGGGAACUCAUUAUACAACCAGGAUACAUGAUGCAGUUUAAAAUUGUAGUGGGUUGUGAAGCCACUUCCUGUGGUGACCUUCAUUCUGUGAUGUUGGAAUACACAAAGGACGCAAGGUCUGAUUCCUGGCAGCUCGUUCAGACUCAAUGCCUUCCUUCCUCUUCAAAUAGCAUUGGCUGUUCCCCUUUCCAGUUCCAUGAAGCCACCAUCUACAAUGCCGUCAACAGCUCCAGCUGGAAGAGGAUCACCAUCCAGCUGCCCGACCAUGUCUCCUCCAGUGCGACACAGUUCCGCUGGAUCCAGAAAGGGGAAGAAAUGGAGAAGCAAAGCUGGGCCAUUGACCAUGUGUACAUUGGAGAGGCUUGCCCCAAGCUCUGCAGUGGACACGGAUACUGUACCACUGGCGCCAUCUGCAUCUGUGAUGAGAGUUUCCAAGGUGAUGAUUGCUCUGUUUUCAGUCACGAUCUUCCUAGUUACAUUAAAGAUAAUUUUGAAUCAGCAAGAGUCACUGAAGCAAACUGGGAGACCAUUCAAGGUGGCGUAAUAGGAAGUGGCUGUGGGCAACUGGCACCCUAUGCCCAUGGAGACUCACUCUAUUUUAAUGGCUGUCAGAUAAGGCAAGCUGCUACCAAACCUCUGGAUCUCACUCGAGCAAGCAAAAUUAUGUUUGUUCUACAAAUUGGGAGCACAUCCCAGACGGACAGCUGCAACAGUGACCUGAGUGGCCCCCAUGCCGUGGACAAGGCAGUGCUGCUGCAGUAUAGCGUCAACAACGGCAUCACCUGGCAUGUCAUCGCUCAGCACCAGCCAAAGGACUUCACACAAGCUCAGAGGGUGUCUUACAACGUUCCCCUGGAGGCACGGAUGAAAGGAGUCCUACUGCGCUGGUGGCAACCACGCCACAAUGGAACAGGUCAUGAUCAGUGGGCUUUGGACCAUGUGGAGGUCGUCCUAGUAAGCACUCGCAAACAAAAUUACAUGAUGAAUUUUUCACGGCAACAUGGGCUCAGGCACUUCUACAACAGAAGACGAAGGUCACUUAGGCGACACCCAUGAAGAAUCAAAAAGAUUAUUUUUCCUUCCAACAUGUGACGUGUUGCUUUCCAUUCCUUUAAACCUCUCACCACAUCUGAUAUCAGGAAAUAUCUGUGAAGGACUUGGUGGUUAACAGAAAGCCCUUCUCCAGACCGAGUGUAUACCACUUUCCCACACUGUGAACUAAUGACAAGUGACUUAUUUGCUCAUAAGUAAAUGUCUCCAUGUUGAUGUGUCCGUGAAAAUUGUGAUCUGUUGUAAUAUCAGUUACAGUGGCAGUAUUGAAAAUAAGAAAUAGUUUAACUGAAAAAAAAAGUUUAAGCACAAAAAUUUAAGAGAUUUUAUGUUUAAAAUGGCAUUUAGCACAGUAUUUAACAUUCUUGGUCACAAAGCUAUUUAAGUGGACUGUAUUUCAGCUUUGUAUCAUGUUUUAUAUGAUUAAAUUAUCAUUGUUUGUCCUUUAUGUAUUCUCUUCUACAGUAUAACACAUUGAAACUGUAUUUACGUGUUAUGUUGCAAUAUUUUGCUGCUGAAUUUUGAUCUACUUAUAUUCUGCAGAAAGUUAAUUGAAAUACCUAUUCAAGAUAAUAGUUGUAAAGAUAUUGUAUCUCCUUUAAUAUACUCCUUAAAAUGUACGUUGAUCUAGCAUUGUUUUGUGGAUGAGAAAAAUGCUUGACCUUGAAAUAUUUUCUACUUAAAAAUUGUGUAUGAAGACCCUGUCUCCCACAAAGGAAUUCCCAUUUCCUUGUCUACAGAUUUCUUUUUUAAAAAGUGUUCUGUGGCUGAUUUACUAACAGUAACUGCCAUUUUGUGUCUGUAGUAACAAAGUGAUUUGUAAAACAGUGGAUGUUUUUUCAUUGUGUUCUCUUCGUGGGUUGUUUUUCCUGCGGGUCAUAUUCACAUCUUCUUUGGAUGAAGUGCAACCAACACCAGCAAGAUUAUAAUGGCCCCUGUAUCCCUGACCUCUCUAUUAGAAUAACUGAAGGCUGCACUCCAGGGUGAGCCAUGCUAAAAGCCCAUGCUUAAAUAAAAAUUAUGUCCAAAAGCCA